GGUCUUGUUGACAAUUCCUCUCUCGUCGAGUAAGUAACAUUAAUCGGAGUAAUUAGGAAGUCCAAUUCUAAUUUUGUGGAGGAAUACCAGUUAUUACUAUUACAAAGCAGAACCGCCGAUGGUUUCUUCAGUGUAGUGUGAGAAUAAGAAAAUGAAAAAUGUUAGCAUUCUCCGUCGUUCAUUUCAGAGAAGUAUGUUCUCCUCAGCUGCUGGACUUGUCCAGAAUACCCGUCAUGGCUUUUCCACUUUGCGAGAGGAGCCAGAACUAGGCGAACUAAUGGAAUUUUUGAACAAUCUGAACAACUUCGAGAAGUCAGGGGUUCCAAUAGGCGCUGGCACAGAUUCCGAAUAUGGUUUCGAUCUAGGUAGAAUGAGUCGCUUGGUGGGGCUCCUCGGUAAUCCCCAAUCUAGGUUCAAGACUGUUCAUAUUGCUGGAACAAAAGGAAAAGGAUCAACUGCUGCAUUCCUAUCCAGUAUAUUGCGGGCAGAAGGCUAUUCUGUUGGUUGCUAUACUAGUCCGCAUAUACAGACUAUUAGGGAACGCAUAACGUUGGGAAGAUGGGGCGAGCCAAUAUCAGCCAAGGCGUUGAAUCAUCAUUUCAAGAGGAGGAGGGAGGUUCUUGAGAGGGCAGUGAAACUUGAGAAUGGAUGUCUCAGUCAUUUUGAGGUUUUGACUGCUAUAGCAUUCAGCCUAUUUGCUGAAGAGAAUACGGAAAUUGCAGUUGUGGAGGCUGGAUUGGGCGGAGCACGAGAUGCCACUAAUGUUAUUUCAGCUUCUGAUCUUGCUUUAUCAAUCAUAACUACUGUUGGUGAGGAACAUCUGGAAGCACUUGGAGGCUCUUUGGAAAGUAUAGCGGUGGCAAAAUCAGGAAUAGUUAAACAUGGGCGCCCACUUGUUCUAGGAGGUCCAUUCAUUCCAUAUAUUGAGCGCAUUCUUCGUGGGAAAGCAUUUUCUAUGUCUUCACCAGUGGUAUCAGCAUCUGAUCCUGGAAACAGAAGCGCUUUGAGAGGCUUCUGUGACGUGAGUGGUAUACCUCGCCAAUUGUGUGAUAUAGUGCUCCAGAUUGUGAAGGACUUUGAUCUGUCGAUUGAACUUCUAGGUGUGAAAUUACGCAUGCUUGGAGCUCACCAACUUCAAAAUGCUGUAACAGCUACAUGUUCAGCCUUGUGCCUUAAUAAGCAAGGAUGGAGUUUGUCCAGUGGAUCUAUUCGUGCUGGUCUGGAGAGUGCGUUUUUGCAAGGCAGAAGCCAAAUAUUGUCUUCAGAAGAAGCUAAUUUACUUGGAGUACCUGGGGCAACUAUACUACUUGAUGGAGCACAUACAAAGGAAUCUGCCAGGGCUUUGGCAAACACGUUGCAGAUGACAUUUCCAAAGGCAAAAAUGGUUGUUGUGGUUGCUAUGGCUAAUGACAAGGACCAUCUAGGUUUCGCAAGAGAGCUACUCUCAGUCGGGGAUUUGGAUGCUGUAUUUUCAACAGAAGUUGACAUUGCUGGUGCUAAAUCAAGAAUGACUUCAGCAUCUUUAUUGAAAUGUGCUUGGGUCAAUGCUUCGAGAGAGCUGGAUAUUAAGGUUCUCGACCUCAAAGUUGCAGAUAGUGAGGACCAAUCACUUCAAGCUGCACGGAUGUCCGAAUCUCGAAGCAUUUUACUUGCGGAGGGAUCACUAUUGGCUUGUAUGAGAACUGGUUUUAAGAUCCUCAGCGAAAGAACUGGAGUACAAUCUGGAAUUAUAGUAGUCACUGGUUCUUUGCAUAUUGUUUCUGCCAUUUUAGACUACUUGCACAGUUGACUCCUAUUUGGCUUUUGCAAAAGUGGCCUAGGAGGUUCAGAGCCCUGAAAUUACCCAUGCAAAAGUUGGACAGCUGAACCGAAUUACUGGAUGACUUCUCAGCUCCCAGUUUGGUCCUUUUGUAUGUACAAUUGUUUCUGCAGUAACAGCACGUUCUUAGAAUAUGUAUUUCCUUACUACCCAGUUGUUGAGGCCAAGUUUUGAUGGGUUUGGGCUAUUGUUCUGGAACAGGAAUAAAAGCAAACUUCUCUGCUUAACCUAAAAUAAUUUUCCCA